UUCCCCCACCACCACCACCACCUCCUCCACCUCCUCCUCUCUCUGCGCUCUCUCUCUCUCCUCUUCCCUUCACUCUUUGGUUGCGAGCUGAGCUGAGCUGAGCUGAGUCCUCCGUCUUCCCCGACUUCACUUAGCUCUCGAUUCUCUCGCUUUUUGCUCCUAUGCCCAAUCCCCCGUUUCUUCUUCGCGCUCUCGCGGCUGUGGUGGUGACGUGAAUUGCCAUUAUCGAUUUGGCGUGGGGUCUUCCUUCCUGCUCUCGGGGCGAUCGAGAUGAAUUGCCAAGUGAUGAACACUUCCUCCCCGUCUCCGUCUUCCUCUUCCUCCUCCCGCAAUCCCGUUCCCAUCUCCCCCCUUAAAUUGCUUCGGCGGGCGGUUUGUUACUCCCUUUCUCCCAAGACGAAUCGAUGCUCCGGCAUUCAAAUUGGAGGUUGCCAUAAGGUUGCUAAUCUUCCGAAGAAUUGCACGGCCCGUAAACAUGCUUCCGGGUGGUCCAACGCGAAGCGACCGCUCGGAUAUCCUCCCCGAGCCUUGGUGGCUUCAGAAUGUCGAGGUGUAUCCUCAAUCCCUAUCGUUGGCGAAGAAAAGAUAGGAGUUUUGCUGCUCAACCUUGGAGGUCCUGAAACCCUUGACGAUGUGCAGCCUUUCUUGUUCAACCUCUUCGCUGAUCCAGACAUCAUUCGGCUGCCAAGGUUGUUUCGCUUUCUUCAAAAGCCGUUGGCACAAUUUAUAUCUGUUCUUCGGGCACCCAAGAGCAAAGAAGGCUAUGCAUCUAUAGGUGGUGGUUCUCCUCUUCGGAAGAUAACUGAUGCCCAGGCAGAAGAGUUAAGGAAAUCACUUUGGGCAAAAAAUGUUCCAGCCAAGGUGUAUGUUGGCAUGAGAUACUGGCACCCAUUCACUGAAGAAGCCAUUGAGCAGAUAAAGAAAGAUGGAAUUGCCAAGCUUGUUGUUCUUCCACUUUACCCACAGUUUUCAAUAUCAACUAGUGGUUCAAGUCUUCGACUCUUAGAGAGUAUAUUCAGGGAAGAUGAAUACCUAGUUAACAUGCAACACACUGUUAUUCCGUCUUGGUAUCAACGUGAAGGAUAUAUAAAAGCUAUGGCAGAUCUAAUUGAAAAAGAGUUACAAACAUUUGACAAUCCUGAGAAGGUUGUGAUAUUUUUCAGUGCACAUGGGGUGCCACUUGCAUAUGUAGAGGAGGCUGGUGAUCCAUAUAAGGCAGAGAUGGAGGAAUGUGUGGACUUGAUAAUGGAAGAGCUAGAAAAACGGAGAAUAACUAAUCCCUACACUCUUGCUUAUCAGAGUAGAGUUGGCCCGGUGGAAUGGCUGAAACCAUAUACAGAUGAGACAAUUAUCAAUCUUGGACAAGAGGGUGUGAAGAGCCUUUUGGCUGUCCCGAUAAGUUUUGUGAGCGAGCACAUUGAAACUCUCGAAGAAAUCGAUGUAGAGUAUAAAGAGUUGGCUCUUAAAUCCGGCAUCGAGAAAUGGGGCCGUGUCCCUGCUCUAGGAUGUGAACAAACGUUCAUUUCAGACCUGGCAGAUGCAGUGAUUGAGAGUCUCCCUUAUGUUGGUGCCAUGGCAGUGUCAAAUCUUGAAGCUCGACAGUCUUUGGUGCCACUGGGUAGCGUAGAAGAGCUAUUGGCAGUGUAUGAUUCUCAACGGAGAGAGCUUCCACCUCCUGUGACGGUUUGGGAAUGGGGCUGGACAAAAAGUGCGGAAACUUGGAAUGGAAGAGCGGCUAUGCUAGCAGUGCUGGUAUUAUUGGUUUUAGAAGUCACUACUGGGGAGGGAUUUUUGCAUCAGUGGGGUGUAUUGCCAUUGUUUCACUAAGAAAAAUGCCCUCGCUCUCCUUCACCUCCUCUCCCUCUCUCUCUCUCUCUCCAAUGUUGGUGAUGAUUUCACCUCCAACAUGGAACCCCAUGCAUGAUAGUUGGUGCCAUUGUCCUGCAGUUGAAGUAAAUGUAUAUCAUGUCCUUGGUGAGGUUCGAAUGUGAGUAAAUACAUGGCCAUAACAUUUUUGAUGCAAUUCACUGAUCUUUCAGUGAAGCAUUUUCCUUUUUCAUAA